UUUUUCAAACAUUUACAAAGAGCUCGCUCGCCACGCCCUCCUCUCCAACACCUUAUCCCACUUUUUCUUUUCUACCAGCACAGCACAGCACAGCACAACACAACACAACACAACAGCUAUACUUUGCUCUCACACUUCCCACGUAGUCUCUCUACUUUAGCUACUCCAUCUUCAAAUUCAGCUCCAACUCCAACUUCAACUCCAACUACCCAACGUUUUAUUUUAUACUUCCACUUCAACUUCAACCUCAACUUCAUCUUCAGCUACCCAACGUCUUAUUUAUACCUCCACUUCCACUCCUACGCCCAUUUGGCUUUAUUUAAAAUUAUUUCAUUUAUAUUAUUCUGUUUAUAUUUUUUAUUCGACAUGCUCGCCAAAAGACCGCACGAGGACAGCUCCCCUGGCUCGUCUCACAAGAAGCAGCGUCUUGAAUGCGCAAUCUAUCCAGCCGACGACAACGACAUCAGCAGCAUCGUUGGCCGCAAAAGGCCUAUUGAGGAUACCGAUAACGAUCCCCCUUAUAAGAAGGGAAAGUCACACGAAACACCGAUGGACGAAGAAGCUUCUGACCAGCCCACCAACAACAAUGCCAUUCCUCAGCCUGCUGGCGAGCCUAUUGAGGCUGUGACAACGAUGAUGCUAAGAUGGACUCUGUCAAUCAUCUACCCAACUUUGUGACACGCAAAGGCCUAGCACC